AUGGCCCCCCGUAUUCACAUCAAGCAACAACAAGUUCGCUCUGAGCCAUGCCGUCUUCGAAUUUUGGUCGUUGGGGCAGGUUUGGCCGGUCUUGGGUCGGCGAUUAGCUGUGCUCUAGCAGGACAUUCGGUCCAUAUUCUCGAGGCCACUCAAGAGAUCAAAGAGGUUGGCGCGGGCAUUCAGGUCCUCCCCAAUAGCUCACGCGUCCUCCAGCACUGGGGCCUGGAAAAGGCAUUGACACCAUACAUGACCGCUCCACGCAUUUGCAAUUUUAUUGGGUGGAAAGGAAAUUCAAUCUCAUCUCUGGACUUCCAUGAGUCCGAGAGCCAAUACCCUGGAACAUGGUAUCGGGAUUUUCAUCGUGCGGAUCUCCAGCGAUGUCUCGUUGAAAGGGCAUUGGAGCUUGGUGUACAAAUGACGUGCAAUGCGCGUAUCGAAAAUGUUCGUGUGAGCGCCGAUGGAGCCAUCGCAACAGCAAUCGCGGUAGAUGGAAGAGAGUGGGAAGGUGAUUUGGUGAUCGGUGCAGAUGGUGUCUUUGGGAAAUUGACCGAGGUGUUGCUUGAUCGUAGUGACCCUCCAGUCAAGACGGGGGAUCUCGCAUAUCGUUUAUUGCUGUCAACCGAGGAGAUGCGCAAAGAUCCUGAUUUAGCCCCCUUCGUGAACGAUCCUCAGGUAAACUACUGGCUAGGUCCUGAUGCUCACGCCGUCAACUACGUACUCCGAGAUGGAGAUCUCUUCAACAUGGUACUUCUCGUUCCGGAUGAUAUUCCUGAAGAGUCGCUGGCAUCAACAAUCGAAGGAAACGUGGAAGAAAUGUGUGGGCUGUUCGAAGGAUGGGAUCCACGAAGUAUUCAGAAGCUACUUAAGCUUUGCCAAUCCGUGCAGAAAUGGAGGCUUUGUAUCCGAUUUGGAGAAUUUGACUGGGCUCAUCCAUCGGGUGCGUGGAUAAUGUUGGGAGAUGCCGUUCAUGCUACCUUGCCUUAUUUAGCCUCGGGAGCUGGAAUGGCUUUCGAAGAUGGCGCUGUCCUUGGCGAAUGUUUGUCGCGCCUCCCCGAUCGCCCUGACAUCACGAAGAAUUCACCGGAAUUUUUGAACGCCAAGAAGCACGCUCUAUCUGUCUUCCAACGGUGUCGCAAGGAACGAACAAAGAUGGUAGUUGAGAGAGGCAACAUUCAGCAGUACCUGUAUCACCUACAUGAUGGACCAGAGCAACAAGAAAGGGAUCGCAAGAUGCAGAUGACUCCCACUCCUGAAGGAGAGGCCUUGGCUUGGAGAGAUCCUGGAUUGGCACCACGACUCUUAGGAUAUGAUCAUUUUGCGGAUGUUGAUCUUCAUUGGAGUGUCUUCCACGGAACUGACAUGGUAGAGUCUCGACUAUAG